GGCGGGGCGGAGGGGCCGCCUUGGCCUUCCGCCCGUCGUGGUGGUGGGGGGUGACUUGGUUCUUGUCCUCCCAGCGUAACUGGGAAGACGGGGCACUGCGGCCCCGCUCCUGGGGCUCUCCCAGAGCGGGCUCGGCUGUUGCUCGCCCAGUCCCGCCUCACACACGCCUACCCUUCUCUCCUCCCCAGAGAAGCAGGGCUGACGGCGCCCGUCCCGUCCCGCCCCGGCCAUGCUGGUGAGCAAGAGGGUGAAGCGCCUCUUGGGGCUGGUGCCCGGGAAGCAGCGCUUCGGCGUUUACAGGUUCCUACCCUUCUUUUUCCUCCUUGGGGGAGCGAUGGAGUGGUUCAUGAUCAACGUUCGCAUUGGCAAGGAGACCUUCUAUGACGUUUACCGCAGGAAACAAUCUGAAAGACAGUAUGAGGCAAGAAUGGAAAAAAAUUAAUUUUAACUGAAACAUUUCAAGGGGAAGGUCCUGAAUGUUUCAACUGUAUUAAUGUCAAAGAAGCAUUACUGCCACCUUGAUGGCAGGAGAAGAUUUUGUCUCUGCAAGAUAAACUGUAAUCCACAAGUUUGUGUAAUACACUCUCAGAUGGUUUUGUCACUUUUGUUCUUCUUCCAUCUAUUUACUUCAUAUCUUUAAUAUUUUGUAUUUAAGCCAAAUACAAUAGCAAAAGGUUCAGUGUGUACUGAUAAAAACUG